AUGUCAAGUACACAAACCUUCAAGAUUGCCUCCAUUCCAGGAGAUGGUAUCGGUACAGAGAUCACCGAAGCCGCUAUCCAAGUCUUGGAUAAGCUGGCGGCAGUAGAGGGAAGCUUCAAGUUCGAUUACACACAUUUUGAUUGGAGCAGCAAAGCAUUCAAGGAGAGAGGAUGGUAUAUGCCUCCAGAUGGCAUGGACCAGUUGCAGAAGCAUGAUGCCAUCUAUUUCGGUGCUGUUGGUUGGCCAGAUGUCCCUGACCACAUCUCCCUCUGGAACUUGAUUCUUCCUAUCCGCAAGAACAUGAACCAAUACGUCAAUGUCCGUCCCACACGCAUCCUGCCAGGCACAAAAUCUCCACUCUCGUCCUGCCAGACCGACCCUUCCACACUCGACUGGAUCAUCAUCCGCGAGAACAGCGAGGGAGAAUAUGCAGGCCAGGGCGGUACAACCCAUGAGAACAGUCCACACACCAUCGCUACCGAGCUAGCCAUCUUCAGUCGUGUCGGAAUCGAAAGAAUCAUGAAAUACGCCUUUGAGACGGCAAGGUCGAGGGAAAGAAAGAAGUUGACAAUGGUGACCAAGAGCAAUGCCCAAAGACAUGGCAUGGUUCUCUGGGACAAGGUCUUUUACGAGGUCGCCGAGGAUUAUCCAGAUGUUCAACAUGACAAGAUGCUGGUUGAUGCCAUGACUGUGCGUAUGGUCAACAAUCCUGCAAGUCUGGACACUAUCGUCGCGACGAAUCUGCAUGCCGAUAUUCUCAGUGACUUGGCAGCUGCUCUGAGUGGCAGUAUCGGUAUUGCCCCUAGCAGCAACCUGGAUCCUACCAGAAAGCAUCCAAGUAUGUUCGAACCCAUCCACGGCAGUGCUCCUGAUAUUGCAGGCAAAGGUGUCGCCAAUCCAGUUGGUGCUUUCUGGAGUGCAGCGGAGAUGGUCAGGUGGCUUGGUCAGGGUAGAUUGGACAGCACCGCUGACAAGCUUAUGCUAGCGAUUGAGAAUGUGACUAAGGCUGGCGUCAAAACAAAGGACUUGGCAGGAAACAGCAAUACCAAAGAAGUGACAGAAGCAGUGUGCAAGGAGAUCGAGACGGUUUUCAAGAAGUAG